AUGCCUAGAGACGACCUCUCCAUCGACUUCGUCAAGAGGAUGCCUCAAGUCGAGCCCCUCGAUCCGAGUUUAAUACUCGAUGAUUGGAUCAACCGCGUUCAAAAUCUCCCCGAGGAGAUUCGGUUUAUGCAAGACGAAAUUGCCGAUAAAGACCGACAGUACAGCGAAUGCGUCCGCAUGAUCGAAGACCGCGAUGCCAAGAUUCAAAAAUGGAUCAAAACCAAUGGCAGCCAUGAACCGAACCCUCGAGAGGAUUUGUUGCGCUCCCAAAUCCGCGAACAUUAUGCCAAAGCCGAUCGUCUUGCUCAGGAGAAAAUUGAUAUGGCACGCAAGCUGCAAGCCACCAUGGACAAGCAUCUGCGCAGUCUUGAUAUACAAAUAAAACUGUUAUACGACCGAGCUGAGCCAGGUUUUACCGAUCCCGAUGAGGUCCCAUCUCUGCUGCGUCCCAGUGCAGCCAACAUUGCCGCUCCUUCAAUCCGCACAAGCAACCCUUCCAGCAUGACCGCUGGUCCGGCUCUUGCUCCCGUCAAUACUGGCUCUAAUCCUGCAUUGGCUCGACUACCCACGCAUCCACACAUUCGUCAAGCCCAGGCACCGCAACAGCAGCAGCAAACAAAUCAGCCGCAUGCUGCUUCUGCACCAGCAACUCCUGCUGCGAGCAUGAUUAUGAACAGGCAUAGAGAGGGCUCUGCGGGACCAGCCACGAAGCGCGGGCCCAGGGCAGCUCCAGGAACAGGCACCGCUCCCGCCACCUCGAGUGGGCUUGCGCGGCAUUCAUCUCUGGGCCCAGGAACGCCGAAAAAUGGCACUGCGACUGGGCCUAAUGGGGCUGUCAGAGCUGGUAGUGCCGGCCCAAGGGCCACGACAACAAAGUUAGGCAACGGUCCAGGUAGUCGACGAGGCACACCUACCGCGCCCAGUCGCAAGAAGCCUCCACAUAAAUCCAAGCUAUCCCGGGUGAAGAAGCCGUCGGCUAGGAAUUCACCGGCUUCGACGGCAGAUAGUGACCUGUCGGAGGCUGAGAGUGGUAGUGGUGAUGACGCUGCUCGCCGCUCUGGUUCGGCGGCCGAUAGCAAGGACGCCGACGGCGAUACAGCCGUCGGCGACGCAGACGAGGAUGACGAGGAGGAAGAGGAGGAAGGGGGUGAUGACAAGAAGUACUGUUUAUGCCACAAUGUCAGCUAUGGUGACAUGGUCGCAUGUGACAAUGACAACUGCCCUUAUGAGUGGUUUCAUUGGUCCUGUGUUGGACUCAAAAGCGAGCCCAACGGUACUUGGUAUUGUCCCGUGUGCUCAGAGAAGCUGCAGAAAAAAUCCAAAUGA